AUGCACCAAUAUUUCGCGGUGGCCGUCGGAUUUGGCAUUUUUCUCAUGGCGACGUUGUAUUUUGCCCCUAACGCUUCAAUUAUCUCUACAAAGAGCAUUUCUAUAUCGGACGACACUAGAUGGGAAGCGGUGAUCGAGAAAUAUCGUGUUUGCAUGCAGCGACACCCAAAAUUGCGGACCCCGGACUCGACCUGGGCUGAUGGAUCCGGGCAGGCCGUGCGUGAUUGCUAUAAAUUUGGGCCCAACAUAAUUUCUGUCGAGAACCAGGAUGAAGCCAAAAGAUUGAUAUUAAUGAAUAAUCUGCGAGAAAACUGCACAUUUGUCACUCUUGGUAUUGGGAAGGACGCGAUGGCUGAGGCCAAAGUAAAGGCAAUGAUGCCGAAUUGUAAAUUCUACGGCGCCGAUCCAGUUUUGGAAGAAAACAAGGUCGUAUAUGAAAAUCCGGGUACCAAACGCGCAAAAAAGAUGCCGGCAAUGCCGAUGUAUCAAUUCUUUGGGGAAAUCGUCAAAUCAAAAACGAUAGAUUACUUAUUUGUCGAUAUCGAAUACGCGGAAUACGAUUUAUUCGAUUAUUUACAGGCUGAGAAAGCGCUGGAAAAUGGAUAUACGAUUUGUCAGAUAAACCUUGAAGCUCACAUUGCGCAAAAUAUAGAGCAAAAGGUUAAAUACAUGGAGUUUAUCCGGAAAUUAGUAAACGAAGGCCACUACGCGUUGGCAUAUGAUGACAAUACGAUUGGGCAUCAUAGGAUCUUCUUCUACAACCACAGAGCCCCGGCAUGUCGCAGAAAAUUCAUGCCAUUUUCU